UAUCGACACUACUAAUUGAUCUCAAAAGGCUUCAUUUUGUUUAAGAAUAUUUUGUCUCUUUACAAUUUCCAAAGCUUAAAAGUGGUUGCUCCCACGCAAACAUAAAAGAAAAAUCAGUUAUAACUGCCGAAAUAUCUACAUGCACUUAGCAGCAAGCCAGCAACAAUGCAAGCCAAUAGUCACUCUUGCCUCCACUUUAGCUUCCAUGGCAGAGAAUUGCCAGUUCAUGACCCACCUCAAACAAAUUCACGCUCACUCCAUAGCUGCAAACCUCCAAAACCACUCCAUCAUCCUCGGGAAAAAACUUCGUUUUGCUGCAGUUUCUCCCGCUGGAGACUUAGCUUACGCUCACCGCCUGUUUGAUCAAAUGCCUCAACCAAACACUUUCUUUUAUAAUACCAUUAUUCGUGGCUAUGCUAAAAGCUCGUCUCCUUCUUGCUGUGUUAAUUUGUUUAAUCAAAUGAGACGGAAUAGGGUUAACCCAGAUGAAUUCACUUUCAACUUCCUGAUAAAGUCACGGUCUAGAGCGUAUAAAGAUGGUAGCUUUUCGGUAGUUUUGGAGUAUGAUGAGAUACAUGGAGCAGUACUUAAAUAUGGGUUUUGCUCACAGUUGUUUGUUCAAAAUGCAUUGAUUCAUUUGUAUGCGGUAAUGGGUAGUCCAGCAGCAGCUUGGAGAGUAUUUAAUGAGACGAUAGGAGUGGAUGUUAUAUCGUGGUCUGGUUUGGUUUUGGCACAUGUGAGAGCCGGAGAAUUGGAGCUAGCUAGGCAAGUUUUUGAUGAUAUGCCAGAUAAAGAUGUUGUUUCUUGGACUGCUAUGGUUUCUGGGUAUUCAAAAGCAAAGCGUUCAAGGGACGCGUUAGAGUUGUUUUGGGAUAUGAGUGAUGCAGGGGUGAGACCUGAUGAGGUCACUUUAGUUAGUGUGGUUUCAGCUUGUACUAAUUUAGGUGAUCUGGAAACAGGAAUAGAUGUGCAUUCUUACAUCAAUGAGAAUGGGUUUGGGUGGAUGGUCUCACUUUGCAAUGCCUUGAUUGAUAUGUAUGCUAAGUGUGGUAGCAUGGAUAAAGCAUGGCAUGUUUUCAAUAAUAUGAGUAGGAGGAGCUUAAUUACAUGGAAUUCAAUGAUUUCUGCGUGUGCUAAUCAUGGUUUUGCUGAAGAUGCAUUUGGGUUAUUUAAUUGUAUGUUGAAUUCUAGUGUUAAUCCUGAUGGUAUAACAUUCUUAGCCCUUUUAAUUGCAUAUACACACAAGGGAUUGGUUGAUGAAGGUUUCAGGCUUUUCCAAAGCAUGCAGAGAGACUAUGGAGUUGAACCAAGCGUUGAGCAUUAUGGUUGCAUGGUAGACAUGUUAGGCCGGGCAGGCCGGUUGGAAGAGGCAUAUGAAUUAAUAGUUACCAUGCCAAUACAAAGCAAUGAUGUUGUUUGGGGAGCUUUACUUGCAGCUUGUAGAAUCUACGGUGAUGUCGAUAUGGGGGAGAGGGUUGUGAAGAAACUGAUAGAGUUAAAACCAGAUGAAGGAGGGUAUUAUAUUCUCCUUCGCGAUAUAUAUGUUGCUUCAAGUCGUACAGCUGAAGUGAAUGAUAUGCGGCAAGCAAUGCAGGAAAGUGGAGCAACAAAAAAUCCAGGCUGCAGUUGGGUGGGAGCGUAAAAAACACUCGGAAUUAUGGAUUUGGUUCUAGACAAUGAACUAAGAUGAGAUUACUGUUUGGAUUAUGCAAGAUCUUCUCACGUAUGCUAAAUGGAAUUUUUAGGAAUUAAGGAGGAUCUUUUGAAUAAGGCAACUGAGUCGGACCAGAUCAGAUAUUGCCCCAUAUAGAGGUUCAUGCUACUGGAGGAGGGAUGAUCGGAAAAAACUUUAAGUUGGAAUGCUUGAGGUACGUUUCAGUACACUAGAAGGAAAUACCACAUGACAAAGGCUCGUUGAAUAGCAGAAUUGGUUUAGUCCUGAAUUCUGAUGAGAGUUCUGAGACAGAUACUGCAGCCACAUAGAAAGACUAGUAUCUGAAGGUUCAUUAUAUGCGGGAAAGCUGAGCAAAGAAAUAGUGAAUGCAUCUCUUUUCUCUUCUCUGUGAGAAAUUUCUAUUAUCUAUAACUUUUCAUAAACACAAAGAUUUCCUAGGUCUGGCAUAUGAUAAUCGUUGCCUAAUCUUCAACUGUGAGCUUCUACCCAACUACUGCUAUGCUCAAUGGUGACUCGGGUCAGUAGCCCCACAGUUUCUUCCACGUUUCUAUAACAGCGAUUGCUUAUGAGUGAUCACAUAAUAGUGCAUUUAUUCAUAAUGCAGAAACAUAAUUGUUGCACUCCUAACUUCAUUUAGCUUUCAUUAGCGUUAUGUUGCUGGAAAACUUGUAGUCCUAUGUUUCAGUGCUCAUUUCUGAAAAUGUCAAACUGCAAAAUUUUAUUUGAUCCAAAGUCUCCUGUUUCAAUA